AUGAGUUACGCUGGUCCAAAAAUACGGGAUGUGACAGGAGAAUUUGACGCUGCUGCAAAGCAAUUGCCACCUGGACGGCUUGUUAAAGAUGAAUAUUUCACUUUAUUCGAGGCUGUUGGCGCUCUCGAGAUCAUGGAUCCGAAGAUGGAUAGCGGGUUCGUGCCAGAGGACGACACAGCAGAACCGGAGUUCGAUGUGUGUCGAGGACUACUGCCAACGGAGGUGCUCUGGAUUAUGGAUCAACUCCUCGGUUUGCUGAUCGGCUGGCAUGAUGGCUAUCCUUUGUCUCAGACCGUUUUCACCUCGUUACAUGUCGAUCGUCUGCUAUCUCCUGACAACAGACGCCCUUACAAUCUCCACUUUGGCUCAAGUGUUAGCACCGGGGUAUCAGAUACAGAGCAGGUUAUCCAUCUUGUGCUGCGAGCUUACUGCUUGGCACUGGUGAAAAGCUGUGCUCUGGUCCUACACACCAUACAGCUGCAGAACUUCUAUGAAGAGGAAGAUUUCGUGACGCAUUUGUUCGGACGAGAGUUACUACAUGGUCUAAGUGCCGAGGACGCAUUGGGUUCAAUCGGCGAAGCGAUGAACUGGCUCCCUACGUCUGAUAUACAGAAAGAUGUCCGUGAUGCACUAUCUGCACGCUUGGAUUUCAUCUGGACAUACGUGUCACUUCUGACCAAUGAUCUGAACGACUGGCACGACCUGACAGAUGUGCUUGAUACCAUCAAAGCUACUCACCAUCUCGCUCCACCCAUACCUGAAGCCUUCUCCGACAAAGUGCAAAGACAACUCGCCUCUAGCACACCACCUCGGCCCAUGAUGCAAGUCUCUUGGGACUUAGCAUGUCAGAAGUGGCGAGAGAUGUGCGAAGAUACCGUGGCGGCUGGCAGGCUGACGACAGAAGACAUCUGUCAAAGCCCGCAAAGCCUUCAACGAGCGAUUUGGGCUUUCGCUUACCGUGAUCCACCUCCGAAUACGUACGCACGAGCGUAUCUGCAGACCAUACUCUUCGGUGCCGAGCGCCUCGGUGAGAACACGUCUUUCUUCGACCUAUUACUUGUUGACAUUCGAGAUCUGGUUCUGGCUGGCGACCCGUUGGCCAAUCCAGACAAUUUCCUCAUCGAAGUGCCUUCGGACCCUCGACACCAAAGUGCUCGUAUUAUGGAGGUCUUCAUGGACAAGGUGUUCGACGAAUACAUGAAUUUCUUCCGCAUGGUCUGCCAGAAUCGAUGUCGUAUACGAAGGACGUUCACACAGUCGAUCGGCGUGCUUGACAGUCUGGAGGCCGUAGCGGUGCAGACUGACGCGGACCUGGAUGCCAUCACCCCAAUGCGAAACGGAGAUGUGCUUCUAUGUCCCAUGACCUGCUGGGUCAGAUAUCAGAAAUUGCAGAUCAUGAUCUGGACGAUACAGCUUGGUAUCGAAACGGACGUCUACCUACCGCACGAGCUGAGCUUGAUGUACUGGCUACUAUCGUGGAUACUGGAGCGCAAGCUCAGUCUGAUCACACAUAGCGAGGUCUUCUUGGUCUGGCGGAUGAGCGAAGCCAAUGGUAUGCGUGACACGAGGGUUGUUGCCGAAUGUCUGUCUUCACAAGACUACCUGCGGAGCUUGCGAACACAAGUUGAAGCCGAGCGCUCGCUCUCAAUAGCUCUGUGGCAACUAUUCACCGUCUUGACAGCCGUCAAAGCAAUCAAGCCGCUGAAGCAAGACUAUGCUCGGGAGCUUCUGCUGUACGAGGCAAGGAUGAAAUCCUACCUUGGUCUCACCCAGGAUCCCAUCCCACCACUUUCGGAGUAUAAGGCUGCCAGGUCUGCCCUGGGUAGUGUGCAGGAAGUCUGUGGUACCACCACAGCCAUGACAAAACAAGCCAAGAGUCAUCUUGCCGAGCUUAAGAAGAUGACGCCGCACCAGGCGAGGUAUGUUGGGACGGAAGAGCAGUUUAAGCGGGAGGUCAAGCAGAUGGAGACGACUUGCGUGGCUAUUGCCGUGCAGACUUCUCAACUCCUGCGACUGUCUGUGCACCAAGCAGAGAUGGGAAGUGCGACGAGUGAGGAGAAACUAGGUAUCGAGGCGACGGUACCAGCUCCUGGGUCUCGGUACCAUGAUUGGUGGGUCGUGCCGCAGAUCAAGUCGACGAAGUGA